CUAACAUCAACUCGGUGGAGCUGAUUGCCCCAACCAGAAUAGCGAGUUCUGGAACCCAUGCUCAGAAGUCUUAAACAUACAUAUAAGCUCCGUCAAGCUUUCUUCAUCUUUUCACUUUCCAUACCCAAUUUAAGCAAUCCUCACUUUGACUAAUACCCUGCCAAUCCUCAUACUCUUGGCACUCAACAAACCAAUCAAUAGUGGCCAUGGCGUCACGAUAUUCGGCAGCGCGCCCGAAGCGCGACGGCGAGAACUUUGCGCGUACCCAUCAUAACGAAGACAGCGGCGAUUCUAAGAGAGUCAAGUUUGACGUUCGAAAUCCCUCCACGCUUGCGCCUGACGCGCGUGAAGAAGAUGCUAUCCUCGAUGCUGAUGUCAUUGGUGUAUCGGGAGCUACGAAGCGUGGAGCUGUCAACCUCGACGGUUAUGACAGUGAUUCAGAUAACGAAACCUUCAAUGCACGCGCCGAGAACCGCAAGCGAGGCAAAGUCGACAUUCUUGAGCAGCUCGACAAUUACGACGCCACCCAUCCUGACCCUGCAGUACCGGGUACUGCGGCUGGUGAUGAUGAUGAUGACGACGACGAUAUGUUUGCUGCGGACGAUGCUGGUGGGGAAAAAGAGAUCCCCGAGGAGGGAGACUUCGAUAAGAAUGGUCGCAAGAAGGACAAAGUUCGGUUCCUAGAUGCGGAUAAAAUCGAAGGCGUGGAGAACACCAGCAGAGACAAGGGGGGCAUCCGACUCGACGAUGAAAGCAGCGACGACGAGGCAGAUAUAGACCUAGCCAUACAAGAAGAGGGCAUCGAUGAAGAGGUCGGGGCUGGAGGUCUCAAGAAGAACGCCCCCAAAGUCGAAGCAUUCAACCUGAAGCAAGAAAUGGAAGAGGGUCAAUUCGACCAAGAUGGCAACUACGUUCGCAAAGGCGGCGACCCUGACGCCGUGCACGACAACUGGUUGGAAGGUCUCAGUAAGAAGGAGAUGAGAAAGGCAGCCGCGGCGCAUGAGAAGCGCGAGGCUGAGGCACGAAAGCAACGCCUAGAGGACGACGAGGUCCUCGUGUCAGAUUUGCUCAAGACUCUGAUACUCAAUCUCGAGCGCGCUGAGACGCCACUCGAGGCUCUAGCCCGACUCGGCAAAAAGCAAACAAAACCUAAAAGGAUCCCGAAGUGGAAGCUCAAGAAGAUGAACAAGGGUGCUGAAGGCAUGGAGGUUGAUGGCGGUGAGAACAUUGAGGAUGCGGAGCAAAAGAAGAUCAAGGCAUCAAUUGAUGCCAUCACAGAAGCUGCAGAUAAGCUGUUGAGCCGGGAUCAUGAGGAGAUUUACGAACAAGAGAGAGAGCUCCUCGUCCGAGCAUAUCGUAAGGAGACAGGAGAGGACUGGGUGGAACCAGAAGCUUCGCAGACAAACCAGGAUGAGCAGGCAGCGGUGAAGCCGGGAACAAUGUGGGAGUUCCGAUGGAUAGAUGGACGCGAUGGAAACGGCAGUCAAGGGCCAUAUGACGGGGCCACAAUGAAGGCGUGGAAGGAUGCUGGGUACUUCCCAGAGGGCGCGGUCGAGUUCCGAGCGGUUGAGGAGGGCCGCGAGUGGUCUUUACAUGUCGAUGCUUUUGAGUGAGGGCAUGACAACGGGAUGGGAUGUCAGCCGAGAAACAAACUUAAGGUAGUGCGGGCUGAACAGAUAUCUGGUGUGGUCCGGCCCCUGUCUCUAUCGCAGAAUGGUUGGCAACGAGCGAGUCUCAGCUUAAAAGGGCACCUGCAGCGGCCUUUCCCAUGUUCCGGAGAUGGACAUCCGCUGGCUCAUGUUCUUGUAUGUAUAUGGAUGCUCUUACAACCAGUCAUAUGUGUAUAGGGCCAAGAACAAAACGGGCUGUAAGUGGGCGUUUCAACCCCCGACGACAUGAUGGUGAGUGGAUCCCGUUUCACGUCAAGUACUUACAGCCUGCACGGGAAAGACUGCAUGGCACAGCUAGCUUCGGGUCUGUGGCUCCGGAUCUGAAGACAAUAUUGAAAAUCAAGUUAUCUUAUUAGAUGGACUGGAGGAAGUGCGUGGUGAUCAUGAGGUCCGACGAGGCUUGGCCGCUGACUGGGAUAUGUUUCCAUAAAGGUCAAUGGUCGAGAAUCAUGAUGGUGCAUGAUGGCGCCGCGGGAAGAUGACGAAAGAGGGAAGCUAAAUGCCAAAAAAGACCAUCAAAGGUUUAGAAAGACCCAUGAUAGAUGGACAUGAUAGGGCAUAAUGUGGCAGGUCGUUCCUGGGGAUCCCGAAGUGCGCCGGGAACGGGUGAGGCCGGGCGAGUGGGAUCUCGAAAAAGAGGCUGAAAAGCCGGGGCAGGGAGUAUGGAGUAAGAUAAUGGAGACAUCUGGGGAGAAUGAUGGGGUUGUAUGGGGUUAUACGGAGGGACGGACGAGGUUGGAACCUACCAUGUGCCCUGGCACGCGAGGCUUGAGCCGAUCCAAGCCCGUGAUCCCGUGAUGCUCCGGUACGUGGAGCGGGAGCCGGGGCGGCAGCCGUAGCCGAACCGUCAAGCACCGAGGGAGCAGGAGGUUGAGUCCCGGAGACGAACGGGCUAGAUCGGAGGAGCAGGGAUUGUUCGGGAGUGAUGUAUGUCAGAAGUUGCAUCUCAGUAUGUAAGUGAAUUGUAAGGGUUCGGGAUCUAUUCGACGACGAGUUUUUGUACGUAACAUGAUGAGAGCCUAUGUGGGCUUGGCCUUGAAAUCAUGUCGAUCAAGGUAUCUCGGCAUUGCUACUAUCAGUAGUAUUGGGUGAUUCAAGUAAUGCCAGGAGGAUCGAUAUCAUGAACUGAUAUUGCAAUGCAUAUGUAUCCGUAUGUGUGUUUGGAUGUGCUGUACUGGACGUAGCUAGUCCAGGUCCAGGUCAGAUUAGCACUGGAUUCGCUCAAGGAUCAUGGUGGAGGAUAGGAAGAGACAGGGCAGGGGUUCGGUUGGUUAAGCCCCAGUGGGCUCAGGUCAGGAGAGGUUCGAUCUCAGGUGAGGAAUCUCGGUGAGAUUUCAAGAUAGAUAGGUACAUAAUGACAGUCAGUAUCGACGAAUAUGAGACCAUAAGGGUCCGUGGUUUUAAGGAAUUGUAGGCACGAUGUGGUAGGGCUCUGGCAGAUUCAGGGUCUCCAUUUUUGGUGAUUGGAAACAGAUGCUGGACACACCCAGGGGUCUCGACAAAGGCCCGAUGUCAGAUAAGCGGAUUUUGUUUUGGCGAUGGAAUUGACGUUACAGACGGCAUGCCAUGGCAUGGACUGGUCUGAUCUGAUCUGAUGUAGUAGAGAAGGAUAACAUAAGGAGAAGCGAAUACAGUCGGUCCGCGGAAGCUCGUGGCCUACCAACGGGCCGACAGAGACCCUGUUUUCGGUGAGUUCAUGUUUGAGCUGGGCUGAACUGAAUUGAGUGAGUCUAUUAGUUGAGCUGAUUUUGUUCCAUCAUGAUACCUCUCAACAAUUGUUACCUCACCGAAAGAGAGGUGAGGGACAACAGGGUAGCGUGAAAUAGUACGAGGUCAAUAUUGGCUACCCCAUUGCUUAGAUUUUGGAGACAGGCAUGUCUAGCUAAAGCUGGUAAAAAUACUGCAUCCUUGAACUAGAAUAACUGAUAUGAUGAGCUGCAACAGCUUGUUAUUAUAAUAGUAUUAUAUCAUGUUUAUUACAUGUUGAUAUCGAGUCAAUGCCCCCGCGACUCAAAGACCGAGAACGUACAGCCCCACCACAUUGCGUAAAAGACGCAACACAAGCUGUACAUAAAAAACCGCAGCUACCUAGAUUCGAACCAAGAUCAGGUACUAAGCCCCAUUCAGUGUCACCGUCUCAGUGGUGAAGCUUCUAGCUCAAUUAAGGCGACUCCGGUAUAAGUGGGCAAAGCAUUGGAUACGUAAAUAGGAUAUUAAAAACAUUUGUCGUCGUGGAGAUAGGCAUAUCGAAAGACGAGAUGGAAACAAGACACCUUUACAAAGGAUUGGAUUCAUACGAUAAUCACCUGGUAGCGAGGACUCGGAACCGUACGACUCAUUUGUGAUCGGUGAACAAGGCGAACCGAGCCUUCAAUAUGUCGAGCGACGGACGUGCAUAUUCAUCGGCGGCGGCAGCCGUUAACGAUGAAAUCAAAGAUAGAAGCAUAUUAUUAUGGGUUGGCAAAGUGAGUGAGAAUGGAUAGGAUAGGAUAGGAUAAUAUGGCGGCAAAUAUCUAGGGGAGCCAGGGAUUGCAUUGUAACUUUGCGGCGUAAAGCCUACAGAUCUCAUCGUAUCGUACGUACAGUAAGGAAAGGUAGCCCAAGAUGAUGAGGCGUUCAUGUCCACUAUAACCGGAGGCUCCGGAGAGAGAUGGGAUUGUGUGAAAACAUCUGAUCUGAUCGACAAGUGACGCAUUCCUUGGAUAAUCAACUAUCGGAUUUGCUGUCUGUCCUCUCCAUCACGGAGAGUUGCACGGUAGAAUGCGGUGCCUUGUUCGGCGGCACCUACAGAAAUAUCAAGGAUGAACGUGGACGUGGACGGGCUACGGGCGAGCGAUGGGAUCAACAGAGAGUGGCACCUCAUGCAUCCAUCCAUGGAGGGGUAGAGCAGAAAAGAUACAUGGUUUUGAGAGGGAGGGGCAUAUUGCAGGGAGGUAGCUUUUCAGGACAUCACCCCACCACGAAGCUCUCGUCAGUGGCGGGGUCUGAGACAUGAUGAAGCUGAGGGCAGAGCCUAGGACGUCAAGUACCUUAGAGAUAGAGGACUAUCUAUAGUGAGGCUGAGAGAGAAAAAAAAAAAAAAGAGCUCCCACCCUCUCAUCCGAUAUUGAAUGUUCCAUUGGCCCCUGCUGUUAUGAUACACUAGGUACCUUAGGUUGGUAGGGUAGUCUACUGUAUGUACUGUACCCCCCAGGCAACAGGGGUGUAUGUUCGUGGGAUGAUUGAUGAUGUGGUGUUGGUGGUCUAAAGUGGGUUGGUUGCUAAUGGUACGGAUAGAGCAUAUUCUGCUGAGAGAGCAGAGGGAGGAUGAGUGAAU